AUGUUAACGAAUAAAGAAGAGUCUAAUGAGGUGAUCGACGGAAUCAACUAUAGCAGUAACACCACACGACCCUCUCUUAAUUCUUCAUUACCUUCGUUACCACGAAGAAAAUCCUCCGUAUUAGAUAUCUCUAGUUUAUUAUGCGACUUACCUUCUUCUCCAUCUCCGGCUUACGAUUCUUCUAUCGAUGGGGAUAGUAGCAUGGAUGACUUGUCAACAACAAGUCAACUUGGUGAUACUGAAUCCUUGGAUUCUCCACGUUCUUGUCACAAUGUUCGCGUUGUAUCAACUCCUGAUACCUCUCCUCCUCUCUCUCCUCCUGUCGUAGAAAAAGAUGAAAAACCUUCAAUCGUUAAUUUACCUCAUGAUAAUAUGAGAUAUCAGGCUUGGAAUAAACGUCCUCACGGUAAUCAGCACGGUAAUCAGGAUGCUCCAAUUGUUAGACCUGUACUACCUUCAAUUAAAACUUUCGCUUCAUCUCCUAAUCUGAGAUCUGAUAUUAAUGGUAACUCCGACUUACCUCAUAUUACAAAUUGUGAAAAUGGGAAUCUGGAUUCCCGAAAGUCUUCUUGGAAUCAUAAUCAACAUCUUGAACAAUUUGCUGCCUUUACUUCAGAAACUUAUCGUUCUUCUUCUUCUGAUUCUUCAAUAAAACCUCAUUUUCAUCAUCGACAGCAGCAAUUUCAUCAAUCUGAAUCUGUAAAUAAUCCAAGUUCUCAUAGUUCUCAUAAUUCUCACAAUAUGUCAUCACAUCUCUCUCACCAUUUAGUGAGACGAUCUUCUUUUGAUGUGGUUCAAACUCGUUACAACCCAUAUCCUUCAACUUCUCAUCAAUAUACUCAUCAACGUUUAUUACCUUCUGUUGAUCAGAGGCGUCACUCGGAUUUAUCGGGUUUCACUUCUUCACGUGGUUUGGGUCAUGUUCAUGAUCAUUCAUACCUUAACCAUUCCCCUAAUACUCAUUAUUCACCUUAUGCUGAUAGAACUUCAUCUGCUUCAGCUUAUUCUGUUCAUACUAAUGCCAAUCAACUUAAAGUUCUUAAUGAUGUAUUUGCCAGAACAUUUUUCCCUUCUACUGAAUUACGUAUUCAAUUGGGUAAAGAAUUGGGUAUGGCGCCGAGAACCGUACAAAUUUGGUUCCAAAAUAAGCGUCAAAGCUGGCGCAGUAAAACACGCGCCACUUCAAGUUCAUCAAUUAAAGAUGAAGAUGGUCAAGUUGAAAAUGAUAUGGUAAAAAAAUCAACAAAUUCUAGAAGAUCAAGUAAUUCGGGUUCUUCCUCUGACAUUGAUGAAGAUGAACAAGAACGACGAUCGAUACCAGAUUCACCUAUGUAG